UUCCGCCAAAGGGGGGCGCGCGCCGCCACGAUGACGUGAUGCUGAAAAUGCUCCCAGAUUUUGACCAUUGAAACAAAAGUGAUUUUGCAUAUCUCGGGCUGCCCGUGAGAGUGAAGUUUGAAUAUCUUCGACGUAAAGGGAAUCUCUUAAGACGACUACAGCAGCGGGGAUUGGCUUUCCUGAAGGAGACCGGGUGGCAAUGCAUUCAGCGGAGACCCAGCUGUGCAACAGCAGCAAGUUUCUCCACUGGCCGAUGCAUUCUUGAUGUUCGGCGGUGAGGGAGAGACAACGAAUCUCCAACUAGAUGGAUGACCCCGACCGACCAAAGCUUUAAUGGACGGAGCCCGCAAAUAUUAGACGAUUCAUAGCAUUGUCUUAAAAGACAUAACAACAAUGUCUCUCUCGACGGUCCUGGCCAAGGCCCUGUACGACAACGCCGCGGAGAGCCCCGAGGAGCUGGCCUUCCGGAAGGGGGACAUCCUGAUGGUGCUGGAGCAGGAGCACAGCGGCAGCCCCGGCUGGUGGCUGUGCUCGCUGCACGGCCGGCAGGGCAUCGCCCCGGCCAACCGCCUGCGGCUCCUCCACACCGCCGCCCCGCCCCCGACGCCCCCGCCGGGCUCCGAGCCGGCCCGCCGUGGCCCGGGCGAGGACUCGGUCUACCUGUUCCCCCCCGGCCCGGCGCUCUGUCGCACGCGUGUCAGCGCCAGCGCCGAGGACAUUGACGGCAUCUACCGCGCCCCCACGUCCGCCGGCACCGGGGAGGGGCUCUACCAGAGCCCCGGCUCGGGGCCGGCGGCGACCCGGCCCGGGGAGCUCCGUCGGGAGGAGGGGGGUCGGCCCCGCUCCCACUCCAGCUCGGGCACCCGGCCGCGGCCGGACUGGGACAUCGGGGUGGCUGGGCGCCCCCGCUCGCCCUCCCUGAGGGGCCGGGGCAGCGAGGCCGGGACCCUCUACCAGAUCCCCCCCACGCCCUCGGGACCGCAGCACCCCAGGCAGCAGGCGGGGGGCCCGGAGGCCGUGUACCUGUCCCCCAGCGGGGGCCACCGGGCGGCCGAGGACCCCCAGGACAGCACCUACCUUCUGCCCAGGGAGACCGGGACGGACUGUUACGGGACGCCGAGGGGCACGCCGCUGGGCGAGGACGACGUGUACCAGACCCCCACGGGGGGCGCCGCUCAGGCCGCUCCCGUCCUCUGCAACGGCACCUCCUCCGUCCCCCAGGAGACCCCCGCCGUGUACCAGAGCCCCACGGCCGCCGGCGCCCAUAGGAACGCGGUCCCGCCCUCCCCUCUGGCGGCCCACCAAAAGCCGGCGUCCUCGCCCGGCCCCAAGGCCAAGGGCUCUCCCCCCAACCCGGCCGUGGCCCGGGGCAAGGCCAGCCCCGCCGCCCACCACCGGGGCUCCCCCAUGCUGAUCCGGGCCAGCCAGGGCCGAGUCCCCGGGUCGCCCAACUUCGCCCGUAAGCCGCCUCCCCCGGCGCCGCCCAUCAGAGGCGUCACCAGGAAAGACGUGCCAGCGACGCCGCCCGCCUCUCCCGCCGGGCCGGAGGCCAAGCCGGCCACCAAGCGCUUCUCCAGGGAGGGAGCGCCGAGCGGCCAGAAGGAGCGCACGGGCCUGGAGAGCAAAAACAACGCUCACAACAAAAAGACAGAGGCCCAGGACCACGAGGAUCCCGUGGAUGAGCAGGUGUACGACACCCCGCCCCGCGGCCGGUGGCAGCGUCCCGUGCCGUCUUCCCUCGGGGGGCACGACGUCAACGACGAGGACGAGGACGACGGCAUCUACAACAUGCCCCGCGCCCUCCCCCACCCGACCGACCCCCUGUCCGAGGUCUACGACGUCCCCACCAUCACCCUGAACGCCUCCACCACGGACCCCCAUCUGGCCGGCUCGGCCUGCACCACGCUGGAGGCGGUCGACGACGUCUACAGCGUGCCCACCCUCCCCGGCGUGCCCGGCCCCGCCGACUCCUGCGGCGGCCUGUCGGUGGAGAAGGGCGGCGGCGACGCCUCCCAGACGGACUGUGGCAUCUACGACAUGCCGGCCCUCACGGUGGACGGCCUCCCGCACUCCUCGUCCUCCUCGUCCUCCGCCUCCACCCGCCGCCUCUCCAUCUCCAGCAACGGCUCGGGCGACGUCCAGUGGCGCGCCUCGCUCUCGGGCCUCGUCCAGUCGGUCCUCGCCGCCACCGCGUGCCCCGCCUCCGCGCCGUCCUCCCGGGACCUGGCCGCCUCGCUGGGCGAGAUCCUGUCCAACUGGAAGGUCAGCCACCCCGCCGACCCGCCCCUUCAGCUGGCGGGGGCCCGCCUCUCGGAGCUGCUGCCCGCCCUGUCGGCCGCCGGCAGCGCCCCCCCCGCCGACGGGCUGCUCUCGUUGGUCCAGCGGGCGCUGGAGGACAGCCUGCUGCUGCUGCAGACGCAGGGCCGCCCCCGGCUGCCGUCCCAGGACUCGCUGUCCCGCCGGCCACUGCCCGCCCUCCCAGUCGCCGCCGCCGAUGGCGGGAAGUCUUCCGGGGGGGGGGGAGGAGGAGGAGGGGGGAUGGGCUCGCGCAAGGGCAGCUGGAUCCAGGAACGGCCGCUGCCCCCGACGCCUCAGCCGGCGUUCCCGCUGCCCGCCGCCCCGGGCCCCGUCACCGUCACCCUGGGGUGCUGCGACGACGAGGACGACCCCAGCAACGAGUACGCUGGGAUCGGGCUGACCCCCGCGCCGGCGCCCCUGCCCACCGGGGACAGCGUGGGCUACGUCAAGCUGCAGGGGAAACCGGAGCCUCCACCUCCUGAGACACCGACGGAGAACGGGCUGACAAUCACAGCAGAUACCCGGGUGACUCCGUCCCCGCCGCUGCCCGCCUCCCUGUCCCUGGAGGACUCGGAGCUGCUCUCCUUCUACUCCUCCCAGAGCCUGGCCCACCUGUCCUGCCUCGCCGACUCCAUCGACGGGCUGUUCGGCAGCGUGCAGGGCAGCCAGCCGCCGCGCGUCUUCGUGGCGCGCGGCAAGAGCCUCAUCGUCACCGCCCACAAGCUGGUGUUCAUCGGCGACACGCUGUCCCGCCUGCUGUCCUCGCCCGACCUCAGGGCCAAGGUCACCACUUCGAGCGGUCGGCUCUGCCAGUCCCUCAAGACGGUCGUCGUGGCAACCAAGGGCGCGGCGCAGAACUACCCGUCAGUGGCGGCCACGCAGGAGAUGGUGGACCGCGUGGCGGAGCUGUCCCAGCAGGCCGCGGGGUUCUCGGGUCUGCUCCAGCGCCUGGCCGAGAUCUCCUGAUCUUCGUGACCUUCGUGGUCAUCAUCAUCAUCAUCAUAGUCGUUGCCACGUUUACACAACACCUGUGUUUUUUUUUUUUUUCUCAUCGGUCAUGAAAAGUUUUUUGUUUUUUAAUGACUUUUUUUUUUGGGUUGGGAGGGUUAAAAUGGAGGUCAAGAGUUGAUGCAAACGGAGUCAAAUCGUCGAGCGCGCUGCAACUGCACCCAAGCUGGAUCUUUUUUUUUUUUUUGCGUGUUCAAUUUGGUUGUGUGUGUGUGUGUGUGUGUGUGUGUGUGUGUGUGUGUUUGUGUGUUGCCUUGCCCGUUUGUGUUUUUUUAUUUUUUUUAAUACCUGACCGGUUUGUGUGUGUGUCUUUGCGUGUGGAUAACUUAUUGUUUUAUUAUAUAUAUAUUUGACACCUCACUGUCAAGUUGAGCUGCUUUGCUUUCUGCAGUGCUUUGUGUUUGACCUUUUUUGCGGUUUAUUAUCUAGGUAAUUCCCUCCGCCAUAUUUAGCAGUUCCCUGGAUGUUUGACCCGCUUCACUUUAAGCUUUUAAUUUUUAGCUGUUCAACUUCAUUUUCCCAAACCAACAACCCAAAAUUAUUUUUUCCAGUUGGCUAGCAUCCCUCUCUGUUCCAUACUGCCAUAUACCCACCCCUUUGGUGAAAAGUCGGAGCACCCAUAUCAGGCAGUACACAGCCUACACACUAUGAAGAGAAAGAUAUAUGCAGAGAUUGGUAGGAAAGUGGAAGCGCAUUGAACCCUUUAGCAGGGUGCGGUGUAAUGGGGAACUGUUUUGGUUCCCACAGCGUUCCAUGGGUGGAGGUUCACAAACCAGUUGGCCCGGUUUACCUAUCCCAACCUGUCGCGUUGAAGUUCACGGGUCUCCCAUGUCUUGCUUUUUGUCGUUUUCCCUUCUGUCUGUCAUGCUGUUACUUCGGUUGAUUUGGUUUCCUAGCUGGCAUCGCUAGCCUUCCCAUGUGUCCUUUUUCAGUCCUUUUGUAUAUAAUUGCCGAACCGGAAAGAGGGACAGGGAAAACAUAUUAUAUCUGAACUAAAGAGAGAAGUAUUUUUAUGCGGAUAUACACAUACACAGACAGUACUGCGAGAUGGCUUGGUGUUUUGGCGCCUGCAUCGAGACCACCCAUGUUUAUGUGUAAUACACCUGUUUCCCAUCUGUCACUUCUCCAGGUUCCAUUUUUACACUACUCAAGUCGCCAGCCAUAAUAUGGGUCACAGUCUACCAGAAUAGUAUGCAACUGUUGUGGAAUAUGAAACUGACCCACAAUAGAUAUCGUUAUUUAUUUAUUUUCAGAGACUGGUUUUGUUCAACACUAGAUGUCUAAAUUUCCCCCAAUAACGUUUUUUUUUUAGCGCCCAUUAAGAACCUUUUUUUCUGCUUUAGUGUGCCAUCUAGUGGGGAUUGCAGUGUUAUUUGCUAAUGCCGGUGGCAAUAGGUCCAAAAUGUAUAAUAAGCAUCGCCCAUAAAUGGUCCAAUAUAUAUUUAUUGUCAAAUUUGUACUUUUACUUUCGGAUUUGCAUGGCUUUAAUUUUAUACGUAUGCACAUUUUGGCGUAUGCACAACCAGGGACGAUUUCACUCGGUGAAUUUAAUCUUUUUAUUUUCGUUUUUUUUAAGAACUUUUACUUGUGAAACAAUGGUUCUUCUUUCCUUUUGUACGAAACUGUUUUUUACACUAAGAACUCCGUUUGAGUCUGCCUUUUUUUCUGCAAGAUUUGAAGCAAAUCUUCGGUCCAAGGUUUAUCUACAUUAUGGAACACUACAUGUAAUGCCUGUAUUGUAUUUCCCAUGUAAAAGCACAAAUACAUGCUUCGUUUAAAAGAA